CAUUCUUGAAUUCUUUCUUUUUGUUGUUGUUGUUUUUUUUUUUUUUCCUUAGUUUUUGGUUUAGGAUUCAGGCUAGUUUUUUUCUUUGUUUUUUUUUCUCUUACAUCACCUUCAAGAAUCCAAAAAUGGAGUUUCAGUAUGACCCAUCAUCAUCUUCUGGUGGUGACAACAACUCAUUGGAACUUCACAAGCUCACCGGCGAUUCGUCGCAAGACGAUGUCUCGUCGGUCUCCGACUGCGAGAGCGGAAUCACCGGCGUGCGAACCGACGAGUCCUUCUCCUUCGGCGGCGCUCUGGUCCGGCUCUUCGAAGGAGACAGAGUCCACGACCUGAUCAAGGAACGGUUCGUGUUGAGUUUGGGCUCGGCGAUCGGACCGAAGACGACGGUGGUAGGGAUUCACAGGAACCCUCACUCGAGCAUCGUCGGCCAAGCUCGGUUCCAUUGUUUCCAGAUAUUCGCGAAGGCGAUCGAGAGGAAGCGCGGAGGCAACGCCAACGUCAGGUACGCCUGGUACGCCCCUUCUUCGGCCGACGAAGUUUCGCGAAUCGUCUCCCAUGGCUUCGCUGAUCAAUUUGGGAAGUACCGGAACAACAACAACAACAACAACGAACUGUACGGACACGGUAUCUACCUCGCUCCUGAUGAUUCCGCCAUUGAUUGUUUGGGAGAUGGGUCGUUUAUUGAAGAGGACGGCAUACGACAUCUUGUUUUGUGUCGUGUGAUAAUGGGGAAGGCAGAGAUUGUGCGCUCUGGGUCUGAGCAGUACCAUCCGAGUUCUGACGAAUUUGACUCGGGCGUUGACAACCUUACAAAACCCAGAAAAUAUAUUGUCUGGAGUACCCACAUGAACACUUGUAUCUUGCCUGAGUACGUCGUUAGUUUCAGAGCUCCCACUUUCUUGAAAGCUUCUGCAAGGAUUGAAGAGCCGAUUAGGAGACCUACAUCGCCUUGGAUGCCGUUUCCGGCACUGAUUUCAGCGCUUUCCAAGUUCCUGCCUCCACCAACCGUUGCCUUGAUCUCCAAGUAUCAUAAAGAUCACAAAGAAAAGAAGGUGGCACGGCAAGAACUGAUACAACGAGUGAGGCAAAUAGCAGGGGACGAUAUAUUGAUUUCAGUCAUCAAAGAUUUCCGGGCUAAGAAAAGGGUGGCUGAAAACUGAUCUGGAGAACUGUUUGGGCAUAUUCAGAGUAAGAGGGUUUGUAGAUAAAGCAAUUUUUGGACGAGACAAAAUGGACAGUUGGUGGUAUGUGAGAAAGAUGAGACAAAAAGAGGACAUAUUCUAACAAGCAAUGAGAGAGAUUCAGUUCAAUCAGAUACUCUGCUUAAGAACCAAGCUUGGAUUACUCUCUAGUUGUUGGCAUCUUAGUGGGUUGUAGUGGUAGAGGUGUUUACUUACCUAAUGUAAGCUGCAAUUGUUUUUCCUCCGCACUUUCUACGAUAUAAAAGUGGGAAUUACAUAUCAUGGACAUUUGUUGGUUCUCUAGUUGGGAUAAUAUUCUCUAUUAUUUUGCUCUGAUUCUUUGAUUUCAUUUGAUAACCAAACCAUGCCUCAAAGAGGCUUGAUGAACAAUAUUUUUUGUCCUGCCGUUUGUUAUUCUUCUCUGUGUGCGCUCUUUCAACUUAGGAAAAUGUGUUUG